AGGGAUGUCUGCUAAACUGAUUUGCGGAGUUGGAGUGCUUGUUGUUGCAGUCCUAGCUGUGUUGGAGAUGACUGAUGACCCUAUCAUCACAUCUAAGAGAAUUGUUUUGAAUCAGAACAAAAUUGAAGUAUUCAGAUUCAUCUCAGAUCUCAGGAACUAUGCAAUGUGGUACCCAGGCUUAUCCAGUUUUCAGCCUGUAGAUGCAAAAGCUAUGGGCAUAGGGAAACACUUCAUUGAAACUAUUCAGCUUCCACUCAUAGGGGACUGGAACUAUGACAACAUAGUGCUGAAUUAUGAGCUCCCUAACCACAUCAGCUUUAUGUCUGACUCAUGGUUGAAGUUUGUUGUAAAAAUGUCUAUUGUACGAGAUAAUGGCAAGACUAAGCUGACAUACCAACUAUCUAGCAGACACCGGAGCUACUUGUUUUAUGUGACUAUGCCAGUUAUGAGUUUCAUUUAUGGACAGAAGACAACCCAAGGCUUGAUUACCAUGAGGAGUAUUCUCUCAGCAACACAAGGCAACUGACUAGACCCUGAAUCAACAGCUGAGGUCAUGCUCAACAUACCCACAGUGCAAUAACUAGCCUUUAGUCCAACCAAGCAUUCCAGGAACAACCUUAACGCAUUCCUUAAGAUGUAGUUCCUAACAGACUUCAGGAAUACUAAUGCAUAUAUGAGCAAAAUCAACUGGUCUUUUUCAAAAGUAACCUGGCAAUGACUAGUGGACUAACCCUUGGCUCAAGACCUGCAUAUUUGUAAAUACAGAACAUGCUGUCAGGUUUUCUUAACUACUCAUACUCAUGCUGAUGAAAGAAAUAAUUCACUUCACAAUAAAGACUCAUGGAAUGCAUAAUAUUUAAGUUACACUCUAGGAAUACUCACUUAACACUUAUGUCAUGACACUGGAAAUAAUCUCAUAAAAGACAUCAAGAGCAAUCUCAAGGAAGGAUCAGAGCAAAUCUUCAUGUCAAUUCAAUUGAACAAUUUCAGACAGAUAUAAUGCAAAAUAUGUCACAAAAAUUCAAAAUGGCCUCCAGCUUUAUUGCAGAAAAAUCUUGAAUAGUAUGCUUGUGAAAUUCCUGUUCCAACUUUAUUGUGGAAAAUAUUUAAAAACAGACUUGUUGGACAGUUUUUUGAAAUUUGCCAUUUUGACCAAUCAGAUCACAACAUUUUGAAUUACACCCACUUUUUGCCACACACUCCAGAUUACGUUAUUGAACUUAGGAAGAAUAAAAUACAAACUGAUUUGGCCUUCCCCAAAUCAAACUUUAGACUGCCUUUGAAUUCACAAAACAUUGUAGAUUUGCUCAACUGUGUGAUAAUGAAAUUGUCUAGAAUGUAGUUCAUUACUUGUGCAAUAUUGUAUUUACUGAAUUUGACUUGUAUGUAUGUAAAGGUACAUGUGUCUGUGAUGUAUUUUUAUGUGCCGCCAUCUUUUCAAUCAAAGGUUUUUUAAAACAUGCACUUUGUCAAAAAU